AUGAAAACAUUACCAAUUAAUAAUACUAAUAACAAUAAAAAUGAAAAUAACCACAAUAAUGAUCAUCAUAUGAUAAUUGGAUCAAUGUCCAGCGUUGGAAGUAUCGAAGACAUUGACAUUGAUUCAGAGCCACCACCAAUCACAAUCAAUUUGCAAAGACCAAACACUAGCAAUAAUUCGUGCAUUACAGUCGUUUUAGAAAAAGAUAAUUGCACAGAUAUAAAAUCAGUUAUAGAAAAUUUAAAGGUUCAAUUAGAAAGUACAAUAAAAGAUUUGAAUUUUUUCAAAGAUAAUUUUGAACAGAUUGAAACAAACAAUCAAAUUAAAGAAUGGUCAUAUUUUAUUCACAAUAUUAAAAGUAAUUCAUUAAACAAUUCAAAUGUUUAUUUAACCAUACCAACAAGUUUAACAUCAUCUGCAUCAUCAUCAUCAUUAACAUCAUUAACAUCAGCACCUGCAUCAUUAAACAAUAGUGGUAAUAAUAUCAUCAUUGCUUCACCAGAUUCAUUAAAAUCAAAUGAAAUAUCAAAAGAUUCAAAAACCUCAAAUAAUGUACCAUUAGCCUUAACACAAAAACAUCAACCAAACAACAAUAAUAAAACCAAUGAAGAAGAAAAUACAAAUUCUGAAGUUGAUAACAUUCAAAUUACAAAUUAUACUCAAGGUCCAUCUAUAAUAACACAAAUGAAAAAGAGAUUUGAAAAUAAAAUUAAAAAUAGUAAUUUAAAUUUAAACACAAGUAAUAGUAAUAAUAAUAGUAAUAGUAAUAAUAAUAAUAAUAAUAAUAAUAAUAUGAAUAAUAUGAAUAAAGAUAAUAAUUUUUCAACAUCAUUAUCACCACCAAUAUCACCACCAAUAUCACCACCAAUUUCACCACCAAUAUCACCACCAUCAUCACCACCAUCAAGUAUUAUAUCACAAUCUCUAGCUACAUCAAGUGUAUUAAAUCCCUUAUCAGUUACAAAAAGGAUGAAUAAAAUUAAAACAUGGACAUCCACCAAACCUUCUUCAUCAUCUAUCAAUUUUGGAUCUAGUGUUAAAACUUCAUCACUAAAUAUUACUGGUUCAAGUAGAUUUUUUACAUCCAGACAAGAUAGUUCAAAAUUAAUGGUUAAUAGUAGUAGUGGUAGUAAUGUUUCAGUACCAUCCUCACCCCCAUCUUCACCUUUAGUAAAUCCUCAAUCACCAAAUGUUUUAAAUGAGGAAGAAAUAAAUGAAACUAAUAAUAAUAAUGAAUUAACAGUUGAAGAAGAAGAGUUAAAAAAACAAAUUUUAAAAGAAAGACAAGAAAAUGAUUUAUUAAAAAAGAAACAAUAUUUUUCAAAAGGUUAUUUUGUAAAGACAUGUAAUGCAUCACAUGAUGAUUGUACAGAGGAAGAGGAGAUACCAAUUAAUGAAGAUCAUUGGGAGACUAAUGUUAUAGUAGUUCUACCAUGUAGACAUCACGUUAAGGUACCAGGUUCAUCAAGUAGCACUAUCGAGUCUAUUAGACAAUUAGCAUGGGCAAGUGGUAAAAUGCAAGGUCAUAUCAAUUUAGAUAAAGAUGAAAAAUCAUUUACAUUGAAAUGGUGUAACAAAGAUUGUGCCUUUGAUCAAGAUACCCCGUUACUUCAUUUGGUACAAUACAACUUAAAUUAUAAUACUCAAAAGGUGGGCAAUAUUAAACUAGAGUUGGUAUUGGAGGAUGAGCUAUGCAAGGAAAGAUUGGUAGAUUUACAAAGUUUGGAAAUUAAUAAUGGUAAACCAAGUUAUUGGAAAUCUCAUAUUGACGAGGUUUUAAGAUUUAAUAAGGUUUUACGUGACAUAGCAAUUUUCGCAAAUCCUCAAUUUAAUAGUAUUAUUUGUGCCCGUACAUCACCCUAUCCACCACCUCAAUCUAUUCCAGAGUUUUUUGUUAUUAGAGUUCACAUUAAAGAUCAAACUAAAUCACUUCGUUGCUCCAAUAACCAUACAGCUUUAAGUUUAAUGACAAUCCUUUCCGAAAAAUUAAAAAAUACAAUACCCUUCAAUCCCACAGAAUAUUUGUUUAUAAUUACUGGUAUAAAUCAAUAUAUUAAUCCAAAUUUAAAUUUAUUAUCAGUAGAAUAUAUAUUAGAAAAAAUUAAAAGAAAAGGUGAAAUUGAUUUAACAAUUAUAAAUAUUAAUCAAUUAAAUAAUAAUCAAUUAUUAAAAUUAAAACAAGAUAAUAGUAAUAAUAGUAUAGAUAAACAGGAAUCAAAUUCAACUUUAGAUAAUGUUAAAUUAUUAUCAAAAGAAUCAUCAAAAUUAAUAAACUUAUUAUUAAAUAAUAAUAAUAAUAGUAAUUGUAAUAAUAAUAAUAAUAAUAAAUUAAAAAAUAAUAUCAAUAGUGACAAUGAAAAUCAAUAUAUUAAAUCAAUUUUAAUUGAAGAAAAUUUAAAAGUAAGAUUGUUGCAUGCUCAUGAAAUAUUUUCAAGUAAUAUUUAUGAAAUUAUAGGUAGUGAAUCGACCAAUAUACAAAUAUAUAUAGAAGUUAGUCUUUAUUUUGGUGGUGAAUUACUGGCAACCCAAAAUAGUAGAUUGGUUAGUUAUCAAGAUACAGUAGUUUGGAAUGAAUGGAUAGAGGUACCAAUUUCAGUAUCAAAUAUACCAAAUGGGUCUCGUAUGUGUUUGGGUUUACAUGCAAAGUAUCGUGGUGAAAUUUAUCCAAUUGGUUGGGUUGGUCAUAGAUUGUUUGAUUCUAAAGGUAUUUUAAAUACAUUUGCUCCAUUCUCUUUAUUGUUAUGGCCAGGUAAAAUAAAUCCAAUAGGAAGUUGUGUAGAUAAUUUAGAAUCUAAAGAUCAAGCUAUCAUUAUUGCAUUCGAAUUUAAAGAAUAUUUCGUCCCAAAGAUCAUCUAUUAUGAAAAUGAUAUUAUUGGUCAUUUAAAGAGUUUGGAAAAAGAUAAAGAAAGUAACUCCGAAUUGCCAUCAGCAUUACCAUCUGUUACCACAGAAGAUAUGGACCGUGUUGAACAAAUUAUGCUUCAGGAUCCAUUAUAUCGAUUAACAAAGGAGGAAAAAGAGUUAUUUUGGAAAACACGUUAUUUUUGCCAAACUAAACCCCAAACACUUUCAAAAUUACUUCAAAGUGUCGAAUGGACAGAUUAUAGACAGGUUGGUGAAGCUUACCAGUUAUUAGAAAUUUGGCCUAUUUUACCUGCUGUAGAUGCUUUGGAGUUAUUGGAUCCCAAAUUUGCAGAUUCUGUAGAGAUUAGAGAGUAUGCUGUAAAAUGUUUAGAUCAAAUGUCAGAUUACGAAUUAGAGAUUUACUUGUUACAAUUAGUACAGGCUAUCAAGCAUGACGUAUUCCAUGGCUCAGUUUUAAGUCUCUUUUUAAUUGGCAGAGUUUUACAAAACAUCGACUUGUUGGGCCAUUAUUUCUUUUGGCAUUUACGUGCCGAUAUUGACAAUCAAGAGGUUUGUGAAAGAUUUAGAGUACUCAGUUCUGCUUUCUUACGUUAUGCUCCUCCUCUUUUGGGUGAAGAACUUAAAAAAGAAAUUACAACUCUUCGUAUUUUAGAAAAUUUAUCAAAGCGUGUUAGAGAAGUGCCAUAUGAAAAAAGAAAGCAAUACGUCGAAUCACAUUUAACCGAAGAGCAAAAUUUCCCAAAAGAUAUAUUAAUACCCUACGAUCCAUCUAUCAAGGUUCUUAAUAUUGUUCCACAAAAGUGUAAAUCAAUGGAUUCAGCUAAAGUGCCAUUAUGGGUAACAUUCAAAAACUCUGACUCAUUCGCUCCACCUCUUCAAAUGAUGGUCAAAACAGGUGAUGAUUUAAGACAAGAUAUUCUCACUUUACAACUAUUAAGAUUAAUGGACCACAUGUGGAAAUCUCAUGAUUUGGAUUUACAUAUGACUAUUUAUCGUUGUAUAGCAACAGGUGUUGGUACAGGUUUAAUCGAAAUUGUUCCAAACUCGGAAACUGCUGCAAGAAUCCAAGCAGCUGCUGGUGGUUUUAGUGGUGCAUUCAAGCAGACUCCAAUCGCUAAUUGGUUAAAGAAUCAUAAUCAAACAGAAAACAAUUACCAAAAGGCAGUUUCCAAAUUUACUCAUUCUUGUGCUGGUUAUUGUGUUGCAACCUAUGUACUCGGUAUAGGUGAUAGACACAACGAUAACAUUAUGAUUGAUAAAUAUGGUCAUCUUUUCCACAUCGAUUUUGGUCACUUCCUUGGUAAUUUUAAAACAUUUGCUGGUUUCCAACGUGAAAAAGCUCCAUUUGUUUUAACACCCGAUUUCGUUUAUGUAAUUGGUGGUAAGGAUUCUAAAAAUUUCAAUUACUUUAUCGAUAUUUGUUGUAAAGCAUAUAACAUUGUUAGAAAUAAUGCUCAUAUAUUUAUAAAUAUGUUUGAAUUGAUGUUAUCAACUGGUAUUCCUGAACUUAAAAGUGAAAGUGAUAUUGUAUAUUUAAGAGAUAAGUUUAGAUUGGAUCUCAACGAUAUCGAAGCUGCAGAUUACUUCAAAAAAUUAAUACACGAAUCAAUAGGUACAUUAACAACCCAACUUAAUUUUGCUUUUCAUAUAUUUUAUCAUAGAGCAAAUCUUGUAAAUGGUCAAGAAAAAUCAACAAACAAUGUCAGCAGUAGUUUAGUUUAUGGUAGUAGUUCAAACAGUUCAAAUAGUAGUAGUUUAAAUUUAUUAAAGAGUAGUAGUGCAAACAAUAAUAAUAAUAAUGGCAGUGGAAACAAUAGUGGCAGUAGCACACCAAGAGAGACUAGUAGAAUUGACAAAUCGGAAAUUAAAAAAAAUAUUAAAAAUAUAGAAUAUGAAAAAGAUGAAGAUACAGUCAGAUCGAUAGAUAAAGAUGAAAAUAAAUAA